AGCUCGGUUUAAUGUCAACCUAUAGACGCAUUUACAAACGCUUUUAAAAGCUUGGCGGCGACGAAAUAGAUUAAAAUUCUAACAUGUAUGGAUUUGAAAGGGAAAACCGUCCGGCUUUACAAUCAAUAAAAUAAAUAUAUAUAGUGUUCUGGUAUAUUGUAAUGAUCAAUUGUUAAUUGAAACACACAAUAGGUGUCGUGUGUUAUAAACAUGGACGUUUGUAACGUAGAGAUACGAAAUUUAUGUUGACUAAUACAAAUACAAUACUUUGAAAGGAAAUUGAAAUUAUAGUGAAACUAAAGGUCAAAAUAAAAUUGGUGUACAUAUAAAAUGAGUUUCGGCUACUACAAAAAGACAAAAUCGGCUCCGCCUCCGAAUUCGUAUGGCUUCAAACAGGUUUCGCCAAAGGAGCUACAAGACAUAAUGAAAAGAGUUACCAGGGCAACAUAUAGUGCUAAACUCCACACUGAGGAGCCAGGGAAACUAAACAACUACGAGCAUUUGUUGGUAGAAAAUGGACGUCGAAGCGUCGCUUCCGCGUGCAGCAGACAAACACAGUCACGAGUGUCGUCAGCAAUGACGUCAGACAGUGGAAUGCAACAGCGCCGACUUACAGACCGAGAAAUGAGCCGACUUAUACGUAGACUACAAAGACCAACAACUGCUACGUCUGCUCAUAGAUACAAAAAUGAGGAAGCUGAAAAUCUUAAACAAGGAAAAAUAGUCCGUGCCAAAUCAGCAGACGUGAACAGUUACAAGAAAACUAUAGCCAAAUUACAACGCCCAACUACCGCAACGCUUGCUAAAACGCUCAAUACGUGCCAUUUAUGUUAUGAUCAUGGCAAUAAAAAGGAGGAAGAAGAUCUAGACGCAUUUGACUUUGACUACAGCGAUGACAAAGUAGUUCCGUCAGAGGAGUUAGACUUUAUUGUAGAAAGAAUGACGCAGCCGACAUUGGCUAGCAAAAGUGGUGCAGGAUACGUUUGUCAAAAGUUGCCUAGAUACGUGGAUGAGGUUAAAAUAAGAGAAAAUUUACCAUUACUCAGCGGUCUACGUAGGAGUAAGAAUGUAAGGGAGAUUACUGCGCGUCUGUAUCCAUCGAGACGCCAUCUUGGAAUUACGCCUCAAGCGACACCUAUAACGACAUUUUAACUUAGGAUAGUAUUCUAAUUUAUUUUUUUAGAUAUUAUAACAAAAUAAGAUUUUUAUACAGAUUUCGAUAUUUCGUUAAGCAGUGAUUUAAGUGCUUUCUGUUCAUUUUCUAACCUGAUUUUCGAAGACAGCGUCACCUCAGUAGGAAAUGUCCUUGACCUACAAUGUGUUUAUAUUUAUAAGACUAGAUCAAUUCCAAACUAAGUAAUAAAUAGCUUAAUUAGACGGUUUGGGCAUUAGUACCCUAGGGAGAUUCUGUCUCGUUUCGUUUAUACAUGAACACUCAAAAAACUUGAACGAUGGCCAUGUUGACAGUACAAAGGGCUAUGAAACGACGAAGUUAAGGAGAAUAAAUGUAUAACUUCUGAAUUAUAAUAUAACUGAUAAGUAGAGAUUUAAAGAGUGUUUAAUUUUGUUAGUUGUAUGAAGAAGUCAUUGUUUAACGCUUGAUCAAUUCUAGCACGAUCAGCUAAAAUUAAUUAUAAACAGCAUAUGUAUUAGUACUGCGAAAGUAGUGAUUUUCUUAGUAAAGGAAUCCUUUUUAGAUCUAGCGUUAAGUACUUCGUUUCCUUAUUUUUCUCUUCAAUUUCAAUAAUUCUAUUUAUUUCUAUGCUAUUAGAACCAGAUUUUAAGAAAUAAAAUAACUGAAUAAUCA